AUGUUGGGCAUAGGCACUAUCCUAGCAGGUCUCACAGGAGCCCUCAGCCUCAGCAAGCUUAGCCAGCGCUCAAAAGCCCCAGCACUUACAAAUUCCACAACCUUCCCGCCCAAAAUCGACACGCACCACCACUUCGUCCCCGACUUCUACCGCGAAGCAAUCGACACAGCGGGCGGCGACCCAGCCGGCAUCCCCACGCCAAACUGGACCCUGCAAACGACCCUCGACCACCUGCAAACCAACAACGUCCGCAAAGCCUACCUCUCCCUCACCACCCCGGGCCCCACCAUCGCCGGCCCCAACACAACAACCAUCCGCCAACUGGCCCGCCGCGCCAACGACUACGCCGCCGCCCUCGUCUCCGCCCACCCCAGCAAGCUAGGCUUCUUCGCCUCUCUCCCCUCCCCCCUCGACGAUCCCACCGGCACCCUCGCCGAACUCACCUACGCCCUCGACACCCUCCACGCCGACGGCGUCACCCUCUUCACGCGCUACGGCCCCGACAACACUUAUCUAGGCCACCCAUCCUUCCAACCCCUGUGGUCUGCCCUAAACACCCGCCGUGCCGUCGCCUUCAUCCACCCGACCACCGCCGCCUGCAACGAGUGGAUCAACCCCGUCCUCCCACCCCCGAUGCUGGACUUCCCGGCUGAAACCACCCGCUCCGCCAUCGACAUGAUCAUGGGCAACGUCACGCGGGAUUAUCCAGAUGUGAAACGCAUCCUUCCGCAUGCUGGGGGCACCCUCCCGUUUUUGAUUUCCAGGAUCGCGGUGACGGCGCAAGCCGUCCAGCAACAAAAUGUGACGGUGUAUGGGAAGACGUAUGCGGAGUGGAUGGAGGGGGUGCGCUCGUUUUAUUAUGAUUUGGCGAUGGUGGGGACGUCGGCGGUUGUGGGGUUGGUGUUGGAUACGGUGGACCGGGGGAGGGUGGUUUAUGGAUCAGAUUUCCCGUAUGCGAAUGCGGAUAAAGUGGCCGGGUAUCGGGAGUAUCUGGAUGAGUAUGCCAUGGACGAGGAGUUGCGCGAGGGGAUUUACUUUGGAAAUGCGGAGCGGUUGCUGGGUUAG